AUGGCUGCACCUAUUCCCCAUCCCAUGCGAGAGAAGCUUCUCCGCGAUGAAGUCGCCUACACAAUGAGCAUCAAGCUCGUCAAGUCCAUCGAAAUCGCCGGCAUGGCCAAGACAGCCGGCUACGACGGUAUCCUCGUAGACAUGGAGCACUCCUCCUUUGAUCUUGAGACAACAAACCAACUCUGCGUCGCCGCUCUCUACGCCGGCAUCUCCCCCAUCGUCCGCGCCCCCAGCAAAGACCCCUUCUUCGUGUCGAGAAUUCUCGACGGCGGCGCUCUCGGCAUCAUCGUCCCUCACAUCCGCUCUGUGCAGGACGCUCAAGAUGUCGUCAACGCAGCCAAGUUCCAACCCAUCGGUCAUCGUUCCUCCACAAAUGGUCUACCGCAUCAUCAGUUUCGCUCUAUCCCAGCCAAGAUCUCUAACCCUGUUACAAACGCCGCUACCAUGGUCAUCCCCAUGAUCGAGACCCUUGAGGCGCUGGAGUUAGUUGAUGAGAUUGCCGCUCUUCCGGGUGUUGACUCUCUUCUGAUUGGUACCAAUGACUUGACUGCUGAGAUGGGCAUUCCCGGAGAUUACGAGAACCCUCGUGUUACUGAAGCUUAUGAGCGCACUAUUGCUGCGUGCAAGAAGCAUGGAAAGUGGCUCGGUGUCGGUGGUCUUCAUGCUCGUCUUGAUCUAGUGGAGAAGUUUUGCAAGAUGGGAGCCCGUUGGGUCAUGGCCGCUACUGACGGUCCUCUACUUCUUGGUGCUGCUACUAAGAGAGGUGCUGAGAUGGCUGCGUUGAAUGCUUCGGUUGUCAAAUCACAACAGGCGAACGGUCACUCAGUAGAGAAGAAGGCUAAUGGUGAUACCAACGGUACAACAAAUGGGGUUGUCACGAAUGGGAAUGGCAUCACAAAUGUGGCUACUAAUGGCGUCCCAGUUGCAGCAUAA